GGCUGCACUGCAACACAUUAGUUGAGAGGUCGAAGACGUCAAACGCACGCUUCCCCGAAACAACAACAAACCGCUGUAUCUGUAUCUAUCCCAUUGUUCUGUGUUGUUAUCGUGGCUCGCUGUUUGCAGAAAUGUCCGCAAAGGCCAAAGAUAUCCUGAAGAUGGAUCUGUACGGUUUACUCGGCAUUGACAUCACCGCUACAUCGAAACAGAUCAAGAAGGCUUAUCGACUCAAAGCCUUGACGUGCCAUCCGGACAAGAAUCCGGACAACCCAAAAGCAGUGGAGCUCUUCCACCAGUUGUCCCAGGCUCUCGAGGUGUUAACCGAUGCUGCCGCCAAGGCUGCCUAUGACAAGAUCUGCGCUGCCAAGAAACAGGCAGAAGAAAGAAACCGAAAGUUGGAUGAUAAGCGAAAGAAAAUUAAACUCGACUUGGAGACCAGAGAGCAACAAGCAGAAGCUCUGAGCCAGGACGAGUGGCAAAACACGAGAACACUUGAGGAAGAAAUCGCCCGGUUGAGAGAGGAGGGAUCCCGGCAGCUCGAGGAGGAACAGCGGCUCAUCCGAGAGCAGAUCCAGAGAGAGCGAGAAGACGAGCGGCCGCAGACUGGGGACAGACGGGGGGAGAGAUGUUCCAGGAGCGGCGUGACCCCCAAAUUGAAGUUAAAGUGGAAGUGUAAAAAAGAUGACGAGACACAUGGAGGCUACUCUCAAGACAUUCUUUUCAAACUUCUACAAAAGUACGGAGACGUCUCGAACGUGAUCGUGUCGAGCAAGAAGAGAGGAAGCGCCGUGGUCGAAUUUGCGACUGUGAGAGCGGCUGAGCUGGCAGCUAAAAAUGAAAUUGGCCUGAGUAAAAACCCCCUGAAGAUUUCGUGGCUUGAAGGACAACCCGAGGUCAUUGUUCCAGUCUCUCAACCCGGCCAGUUCAUACAUUCCCAGGGCGCCAUGUCCAACGAGCGCGACUACGAGAGCGUGGUGAUGAUGAGGAUGCGGCAGGCCGCCGAGCGCCAGAAGCUCAUAGAACAGAUGCAGAGGGAAGAUGACGAGGAGGCUGCCGGCUCGUAGCACAGCAACCCGCCCGGGUACCAGCCUGCACCUGCUGGAUGAAUACCGCUCUCAGGCUUUAGUUUCAUAAAGUCUCUUAUGCGCUUCAGUCAUUUUCCUUUUUUUUUUUUUUUUAAUGCCGCAAAAUAAAUCUUUUUAUCAACUAU